UCUUCCUGCAGCUGGAGCCAGGCUGGAGCUGCCAGGUCUCUUCCCUCAGGGCUGGGAGGGACUCGGAGACAACAGAGAAUGGCGACAGGAAUAACUAGCAUGUGGAGGUGCUGGGGAGCCAGCGGGUCUUGGGCUGUGCCAGUGUAGACUGACCCUACAGGGGAGUGGGACUGGUCCAGGAGCACCUGGGCACAAAAGGACCAGGCCAGCUGAGCCAGCCCCACCAGCACAGACACAUUCCCACAGGAGAUGGGGAGGGAGCAUCCUGGGAGAUGCUGGAAGAAGCAAAGGCCCUUAGGGCAGACGAGACUGGGGCUCUUUGUGGUGUCACCCUGCAGCGGGAGAAACCCAGCAAUAGCUUGAUGAGUGAGUCAGUCACUGGCUCCCUGGCUGAGUCCUUCGCUGUGUGUGGGGUGGGGAGAAAACAAGCCAAACUGGCUGGGACCUGUGAUCCCAGAGCUCCAUGCGAGCUCCAGGCUCCCUCCCCAUCUCACAAGCGUCGCCGUUACGCCCACAGUCACAAAUGAAUAAAGAGCCUGGUCUGUAGGUGAGGAACACACUCUGGAUACUUCAGCCGAACCGUGUGCCCUGCUGCCACACUCAGACCGAUGAACCCCAAACUUCCCUAUGUUCUCCUAGCUGGGGCUGCAGUGAUAAUCUUCAUUCUCUCCUGCAUGCUGCUGAGCAGGGGCAGGCGAUCGCCUAGCUGUGAAUCCCAGCCCAACACUGUGGAGAAGACAAGAUCCGUGAGCCAGAGCCUGGUCUUUGCUGACCUGACACCUGAGGAGAUGGCGCAAGUGGUGCAGUAUCUGCAGGGAAACCUCGGGGUGCAGCUGGUUGAUGCCUCGCGUGCCAAACCCUCGGACAACUGCAUCGCCUCCGUGGAUCUGCAGGUCCCUGCCAAGGCAGAGGUGCUGCGGUUCCUGGACGGCGGGGGGGCUCGUCCCGCCCGAGAGGCACUGGCUGUGCUGUACUUUGGGAACCAGCCAGACCCCAAUGUCACCGAGUACGUGGUGGGUCCUCUGCCAACGCCGGUGUACCACCGAGAUGUGACGGUGCAGAAGUACGGGGGGAAGGUGCCAUACCACCGCAGACCAAUGCUGGGCAGUGAGUACAAGCAGGUGGCAACAUUCUUGGAGAUAGUGGCAUUUGCUGCAGCACCAAGCUUCCUGCAAGAAGUCUUGGAGUAUGACAGCACCAGUGUGGCAUUUCAGACCACAGCCCCUCACGGGUUCCAGUCUGGAGACCGUAAGUCCUGGUUCAUCCUGUUUCAGAACGUGAGUGGAUUCUUCUUGCACCCGGUGGGGCUGGAGGUGCUGGUGGAUCACAGCAGCCUGGACGUCUCCCGGUGGGCGGUGAGCAGGGUCUUCUACAAUGGGCAGUACUACAGGGACAUGGUUCAGCUGGAGAGUGCCUACGUGCAGGGCCGUAUCAGCGUGGAGAAGGUGAGGAAGGCACCACGGGAUGGGGACUUCUCCUCCAUGAAGCCCCGAGCGCCUUCAGCUGCACUGUUCCCACUGCAGUAUGAGCCCCAGGGUCCUCGCUACAGCAUCAGGAAGAACCUGGUCCUCUUCCAGGCGUGGAGCUUUGCCUUUGGGAUGAGCGUGAGCACAGGCCUGCGCCUGUUUGACAUCCGACACAAGGGGGAGAGGGUUGCCUAUGAAAUGAGUGUGCAAGAGGCGCUGUCCGUGUACGGCUCCAACUGCCCGGGAGGGAUGUCCACGCGGUACAUGGACGGGAGCUUUGGCCUGGGGCGCUACACCUCCCCCUUGGUGCGAGGGGUCGACUGCCCAUAUUUAGCAACCUACCUGGAUGUGCACUACCUUGCUAAUUCCCAGGUCCCUAGAAGUACUAAAAAUGCCCUCUGCAUCUUUGAGCAGAACCUGGGCUCCCCUCUGAGGCGCCACUACUCCAACUUGGAGUCGCUCUACUACGGGGGGCUGGUCAACUCUGCUCUGGUCGUUCGCUCCAUUGCCACCGUGGGCAACUAUGACUAUGUGUGGGACUUCAUCUUCUACCAGAACGGGGCCAUUGAAGGCAAGGUCCAGGCCACAGGGUACCCGAGCUCAUCCUUUCUUCAUGGGGAUGGCCUGAGAUAUGGCAAUAGGCUUUGGGAACACACUCUGGGUAUGAUACGUACUCAUUCCUUCAACUAUAAGGUGGAUUUGGACGUAGGAGGGUUGAAAAACUCCCUGGUGGCCCAUGACAUGGCAUUUGAGAUGACACGGGCUCCCUGGAGCCCAGAGCAGCAGAUAGAGCGGCCACGACUCACCAAGAAAGUCCUGGACACAGAGGACCAGGCUGCCUUCCGACUCCAGUCAAAGAUGCCCAGAUACAUCUACUUUGCAGCCAACAGCAAAAACAAGUGGGGCCACCAGCGUGGUUACAGGAUCCAGAUCACCAGUUUUGCAGGGGACCACAUCCCCGAAGCCAGCUCCAUGGAGAGGGCCAUCAGCUGGGCAAGGUACCAGCUGGCAGUCACCCGGCGGAAGGAGGAGGAGCCCACCAGCACCAGCAUCUACAACCAGAAUGACCCCUGGACACCCACCGUCGCCUUCGCUGACUUCAUCAACAACGAGACCAUCACCAACGAGGACCUGGUUGCCUGGAUAACCACUGGAUUCCUUCACAUCCCACACUCUGAGGAUAUUCCCAACACUGUGACUGUGGGAAACUCGGUUGGUUUUCUCCUGAGACCCUACAACUACUACGACCUGGACCCCUCUAUAUACUCCCAUGAUGGUGUGUUUUUCACCAAUGAGCAGGACUUCAUGGCAUGUGAAAUCAACCCUCUGGCCUGCCUGCCCAAAACUGCCUCUUGUUUGCCAAACUUUCCCCCAUUCACCUAUGAUGGUUUUCAAAACAUGAGCAGGCUUUAGUGCUACAGGAUGGUGUGAGGAGAUGCAGUCAGAGACACCAGGUUGACUGUUCUAUCUCAGAUUUUCUUAUUUUAGUGAAGUUGUCUCAAUUUCCAGUUGUGUAAUGACUUCACAUUUUAUCAUUGCUUUUGAAAUAGUGCUCUUGAAAAAGGAAGCGUGAUCUUCCUGGCAUGAUGCCACAUGGGAGUCUGUGUUAUCUGUUAAUUGCUGAGUUUGAGUCUGUUUCAGGAGGAAAGUGAGGAGAAAAUCCUGUUCCUCUGCUGUAGAAAUAAGUGCUAUGUAGUGCAUAUCUCAGGUUAAAAUAAUGAAAAUGGUGCUGGUCCAGUGCUCUCGAGUGUCUCGUUCUUACAACUCACAGCAGUGUCUCCUGGGGUGUGAUGCUGGUCUCUGCCAUGUUCCCUGUGCCCACAAACCAACCCAGCAAUGUGGCACUGGGUGCCUGUCAGGGCAUGGGGACGUCCAGCUGGGGGGCAGGAGGGAUGGGCUGGGGUGCCCCGGGCCUCUGGGGCCACAACUGAGGUGGGCACUGGCACCAAGCCCUGUGGGUGUUGGGGGAAGGCUGGGCCUUCCUGGGAAGGAAGGGCCAGGACCCCAUGGGCUGCAGCUCUCAGGCACUCAGUGCUGAGCACAGGGGAGGGAUGCAAAGGGGACCUUUGCAAGGUCUCAUGGCUGCUGGCAGUGCAGCAUGGCCAGUGCCACUGCCCGUUUGCCAGGAUGCUGGUCAGGCUCUGGAGCCCUCGUCCC